GUAUAUUUGUGUCACAAAAACACCCUGAGUAAUUAUAAAAGUAUUAGUUACACUGAAACCUUUCAAAAACUUAAUGCUAUUACAACUAGUUAAAACUGAGGGUUGAUCAUUAAUUUCACUGAAGUUGCAUGUCACUGAAGUGUCACUAUGGAGCAUUUCUUAAAAUGUUAUUUAGAUCAAUUCAACAGUCUUCCCCGAAACAGCCUCCACGACAGAAGAAAACGGUACGAAAUGGUGGACUACAUCAGCACCCUAAUCGAGGCAUUAAGAGAUAAAGGAAAUCCCCCCGAUGUAACGGUAAACGAAGCAGUGUCAUAUUUGAUUAAGUACCACGAGCGAACGAAAUCCUGCAACGGUAAAGUGUGCCUGAUGGGUAAAUACCACAACAUUCUGUACGUGGCAAUGAAAUUAUCGUACCUUUGGCAAUUAGAAAAUUUGGAAACUCUCCACAAAUUGCUCACGAGCAUCUUCUCGUGCGAGAACACUUUCGAAAGGAUGUUCGUGGGGGCGAUUUUCGGCAACAACGCCCCCCAUUACAUCGCUGGUUGGAAGAGCGAUUUCGACAAUCAGGAAGAGAACAUCAGAGCUCUUGUGUACUUUUUGGACAGAGCUAAUAAGUGUUCUUUGGUUCUUAACUAUAGUGGUGCUGGAGUUUACUUUCGACUGGUGGAUGUUCCCAUAGAAAACUGUGGGAAAUCAUCCCCCUUAAAAAUUGUUACGCAGUUGGGAUUACCCGAUAAAUUACUAAUAUUUUUAAGGUUCGGUGCGACUGUUUAUAACGGCUAUGACGAUGGAACUGCAGUAGAAUACAUCAUGAAACGACUUGGGGAGUUUAACAGAGUUUACCCAUACAAUUUGGUGAGUUGUCUUCAGUUGUUGCUGAGGGCUACGCCGAAAAUUGAAAUGAACAAGUUAGAAGAUGAAACUACUCAAGAUUACGUGGUUAAGAAUUAUCUGGAGUUGGUGGAUGAUGGUAUUUUGCCUGUUACUAGAUGUGGCAUCACUCCCCCUGAGCUAAAACAUCUAACGAGAUGUGUAAUUAGGGAACGUCUUUUGGAAAACUUUCAGCUUCCUGCAGGAAUACAGAAUUUGCCAGUUCCCGCCAAAUUGCAGAGAUAUUUAGAUAUUAUGGAUGAUUAAUAGAUGUAGCAACUACAUACAAUUUCAGCAAUAAAUGUCUUCAUUAGUGCCGGUUGUACAAUCAUGAUGUGCUUUGAGAUCGAUUAUUUCUCAAUAUUUGUAAUGUUAGUAUUAAAUUUGUUAAUUAUCCCAUUGACCAAAGUUUAAUAAACCACAGUUAAAUAUGA